AUGUGCCGGAGGACCUUUACCCACCACAUGCAUCAUGAUGUGCGACAACUCAUGAUAACCAGCCUCGACCAUGAAAACCACACCGUUUACGCUAACCCUCUCCGUACAGUCUUCCACCGAUGCGAGAUAGACGUUCCGAUCCCACAGCAUUGGCUCCUCAACAACCCCUAUCCACCGUGCGCAUACCACAGCUGCUGCCACCUUUCCAACGAGGUCGAGUUCUGCUCCGAAUUCAUUGAUGAGCUAUUAGACGCUUAUUCUUCCGACGAGGAACUAGAACCCGAAAUGUGUCCGUAUUUCGUACGACAGCACCGACACAGACGUCUGGAGUACCUGGGCCAGCCCGAGUCUUACGCCCAGGAAUGUCCGGCCACUUGGCAAGAGGGCGUAGAGGAGAUCUCGGAGAUCUCGUUCCCUUAUUUCGAGCAGGACCAGGAGCAGCUGUUCAGGUACGCGGUCCAGCUGUUUCGCUUGUGCGAGGAAUACUAUCAACUAGAGCAGGACGCCGAGACGCUGUUCCUGGUUUACCGCGACCUCGCUACGGGCUUGCCGCGAGGCGAUCCCCGGAUAUCCGUCGUGGAAGAGCAAGUGGUAAACAUCCAGGCCAGGCUCACUCAGAAGAAGCAGGAGCUGUUCUCGAAGAUGGUCUGGGCGAAGGGUCUGAGCCCCGAGAAGUACUCGAAGGGCUUUAUACCCGUAUGGUGGUUGCGGAUGUGGGCGCUGAAGCAGCAAGCAGAAGAGGAAGAAUCAGAGUACUAUUCCUCGAGCGGAUAUAGUUCGUGA